AACGCGCGCAUUCGCGUCAGUAGUCGUUUGUUGUAGUAGUUGGUUCCGCGCGCCGGCUUUGAUCCCACGCAAAUCCAGCUGAUCGCGCGUGUUUCGCGAGCCGUUCGCUCGCCCCCUCGACGGCGUUAAUUAACGCGCGUCAUCGAUGUAAAUCCGCGAUCUCUCUCUCUCUCUCUCUCGCAAAAGCAAAACGGUAAGGAAAUCGGCCGAUAAUUAUACCGCGCAUCAAAAAUCUUUCGUCGCGCGUGUGUCACGUCCGACACUUCCAUCCCCGCUCCCCUCCUCCCUCCAUCUUUCCGAUACUCUCCAUCGAGCCUGUUGAUUUGCCCGUACUAUUCUCAUUUUGACCGAUCACAUCGAUUUCCCUCUCUCCUUCGUUUCCCUCGCUUCUUUUCGUCUUGUCCUUCCGUUUCCUUUCGGAUUCCAUUACUUUGUAUUCGAACAUCGUCGAAGGUAGUAUCAUCUCCCAAAUUGUUAUCUGCUACAUAUUACAUUACAUCCCGCACAUAUAUUAUCCUCUUUUUCCGCUUUUUUCCUUACGCAUCAAUUGUGUUGUGCGUGCGCUUGGAACGGAGCGUGCUCCUUCGAGCGGGUGAAGAAGAAGAAGAAAAAACGACGCGGAAGAAGAAGCGAGAGGAAGACAAAGAGUGCGACGGAAACUUUUUGUGCAGAGACAUGACCGUUGAUCUCGUUCGGCGUGAUCGUUUGCUCGUAGUCUCGUUAUUUUGACAAAAUAACAAAAUCCUCCCUCGCGCGAGCAUAUCCGGACGAGUGAGUUUAUCCGACGGGACUUUUUAGUGUCGCGCGCGACACUAUACCUACUAUUGUACUUGAAAACGCACGCAUACAUACGCAUCACGGUGCCGGGUGUCUUCCGCCUCCCGCGCCGUGAUUCCACGUAUCUUUUGAUACGCGUACGCUAGUUUCGUGAAUCACCGCGUCAUAUAAAAACAGCCAAAAUUCGGGUAAAAGGUGAUCCGAAACCAUCCUACGCGAUGGACACUGCCGACGACCAAGAAAUAGAGAAUCCUGGUGGAGGUUCCUUGAUCAACGGCGCCAACGGAACCAAUGGCACAAAUGGAGCCAAUGGUCAACACCAGACGCCGGAGGGUUCUUUGUAUCAGGAAGGGAGGUCGGAAGAUGAAUCAGAAAUCGAUGAUGAAACGCAAGAUGAAGAAGACUUACUCUCAUCGUCACUUCAAGUCAACCCACAAGUGAGUUUGGAUGCAGCUGUAGGUGUAUCUUCAUUAGUACAGUUGAACAAUUUAAUGACCACGCAUAAUCCACAGAUACUAGCGAAAUUGAGAUUGGAGCAAGCCGAGGCGGAUAUGUUACAAGGUAGAAAUAGUUUAGAGGUUCUACAGGCCGCAAUGAACAGUAGUUCCUUCGGUAACUUAUUUCCACCUUUAUACUUAUCGUCGCCGCCACCACCGCCGCCACUACCGCCAUCAUUAUCAUCACAGCCGUCGCAAAACAAUCAUUCGCAAAUCGCGGGAAGUCUCGGGAAUCAAAUCGGUGAAAAUCAAGCGUUGGCUUGCUCCACUACUUCCUCCAGACCUGUUGCCACUUCGCAGUCCAACGAAUCCUCGCCACCUCGCUGCCGGAAUAACGGAGAGUCACAAGGAAAUUCCAGGAAUAACGGAGAAGCUCGUGAGGGUGAAACUCGUGCGGCAUCAGUAAAUAGUCAACAUCCACCUGGAACUAAUUGGAGCUUCGAAGAACAAUUCAGACAGUUGUAUGAGCUGGAUGAUACUCCAGAACGGAAGGUAUUCCUUGACGACCUCUUUACUUUCAUGCAGAGUAGAGGUACACCCAUCAGCCGACUUCCCAUCAUGGCAAAAUCCGUAUUGGAUCUCUAUGAGCUUUACAAGUUAGUAGUAUUACGAGGUGGACUGGUCGAGGUAAUCAACAAGAAGCUGUGGCAGGAAAUUAUCAAGGGUCUUCGACUACCAGCAAGCAUCACUUCUGCCGCGUUUACUUUGCGAACUCAGUAUAUGAAAUAUCUGUAUCCAUAUGAGAAAGAGAAGGAGGGACUGUCGACUCAAGAACAACUCCAGACGGCGAUCGAGACAAAUCGUCGUGAGAGCCGCAGAAACAAUUAUACGACUUACGCUGACAAUCAAGUACCGCGAAACCAGCACAACUCGCUGCCGCCAAAUCCAAUGCCAUUGCCGCUCUCGAUCGCCCAAAUGGCGGUGGCUGCGAAUGAAUCGCAACAUCAUGUCGUAAAUGGACAUCCACACGGUUCGCAACAUCAUCCGCAACAUCUUCCACCAAAUCUGGCUAAUCUUCCAUCUAAUCAGCUUUCAGACUAUAUGCUGAGGAUAUUGAGAGACAGAAACACAAUGUCCAACAAUCCGAUGAUUCAAGGUAACACAUCGACACCGCCACCAGCAGCAAUGGCAGAAGGAUUUAAAUCUGGAAUGCAUUUAUGGAAUAUGUACAGUCCAGGUAAUAAUAAUAUGUAUCCAGCGGCCCAACCUUUUUCUCCAUCAUCGUCUCACUCACCAUUAGCACCGGCAAAUAGUCCUGAACAGAGGGAAGCCUUAGAUCUCGCAAAUUCUGGGAACAGUAGAUCCGUCAGUUCACCAGCAUUUGGAGGAGAGAUGAAGAGAAAUCAAGAGGCUGGCGAACUUUCAUCUCCAACGUCCUCCAAAAGAAUGUUCUUAUCCGAUGUGGAAGGAAAUAACAUAGGACAUAACAUGAUGCAUUCCUUGCGUAUUAGACAAAGGAUUAGCACUCGGGAUCCUACAAAAAGAGAACUAGAAAUUAGUGUACAGCUUGAUAAUACUUUGUAUGAAGGUGUCCUGGGUGUUACACAGGAAGGCAAUAGUAAUAAUGGCAGUACCUCGUCGAGUCCCGAUAAUGGAAAACGGACACAAAAUAAUGACUCAUGAACAUUUGAAAGAUACAUGAUUUCAUACGAAACAAAUUAGCCUCGGAGAGUCUAAUUAAUAAUUUUGUUCUUCAGACAAGACAUUCAGGUAACAGACAUUUUAGUAAAUAGGAAAUAAAAUA